UUUAUUAAUAUGUUCCCCGUUCAGUCUCGUCUUGUCUGACGAGUCCAGUGUAGUGUAUCGACCAGUGCUGCGUUGUUUUUUUAUGAAUGUUUACAUUGGCCUUGUGUGUUUUGUGAUAAUAACAUGUGCAAUAUACUGCAGAAAUGGCCACGAGGAGUAAUCGUUGUUUUUACAAUUGUAUCUUGUGGAUUAACAUUAAAACAAGAAAUUGGCAGCUUGUGUUCCAAUGACCAUGGAAUUAGCGGAGUUUGUCAAAAUCGCGAGAAUUGUGCUAUAAAUGACGAUUUAGGUGUAAAAUGCAAUUCAAAAAAUAAUAUAGUUUGUUGUUCCAAAAACAAUAACUCGAUGAAGAGUCCUUUAAAUAAUACACCAAAAAAAGAGAAUUCUAUUGAAUCAAGAUUAGGAUUUAAUACCAAUUUUUUUGACGGACCAGUCGUAUCACAAAAACCCAACAUAACUAAUGAAAAUUUCUUUAGUCCGCCAAGUCAGCAGGUUCUACAUCAUGAUGUAGUACAAACAAGUAAUAUGCAACAUUUUUUGGCAGAAAGACCGUAUCAGAAUUUAAAUCAAGAUGCAACAACAAAAGCAAAUAAAAAAAAGUAUACUACAUCAACAAUUUAUUCGCAUUUUGUAGAAAACUCUAAUUACGAAGAACCAUACUUAAAUAAUAGACCAACUAAAAGACCCCAAAAUGUUAACUAUAACUAUCCAAGUUAUGAAACUCAAAGACCCCAACAAACUGUAAAUUACAAUCAGUUUAACAAUUAUCCCAGUUACACCUCAUUAAAACCAAAUCAAAAUAAUAAUUACUAUAACUAUGAAACUAAUACACCUAGUCAGUAUAAUUUUAAGUACCCUAGCACUGUACCAAAUUUAAAUACCAACAACUACCCUUUAGAUGAAUCUUAUUUAUCUAAUCAAAAUAAUUACCACAGUUUUUCAAAUUCCCCAAAUAAGAGACCAAAUAAUAAUUCUUUUAAUAAUAAUCCUAAUUAUCCUUACCAGUCAAAUAAUUUUGACUCUCAACAUUUUAAUAAUUAUCCAAAUAAAAUAAAUCAAAGUCUAAAUAAUUAUCAAAAUAUAAGACCGAAUAAUAAUAAUCAUCAGUCUACCAGUAGUAUUUAUUUUCCUAAUGACUCGAACAUUGAACAAUAUAACACACAAAAACCAUUAAUAACAAAUAAUUAUAAUAAUGAAAAUUACAAUAAGCCGAUAAGACCAAAUUAUGAAACAAAGCGCAUAAGUGAAAUUAAAUGUGAAGAAUACUCUAAAUCUUUCGUGACUACUACACUUUCAGUAUUACCAUUGUCAAUUAAUACAUCCCCCAAACCAGUAUCUGUAGAAAAAUGUGAUUCAAAAGGUGUUGGAUUAAUAGUAGGUGGAUCAAAAGCAGACUUAGGGGAAUUCCCUCAUAUGGUUGCAGUUGGUUUUCGAACCAUCACUGGAAAUCCUUGGAAUUGUGGUGGAACAUUGAUUAGUGAAAAAUAUGUAUUAACUGCUGCUCAUUGUACACACAGUGCAUUAGGAAAUCCUGUACGAGUUAGAUUGGGUGAUCUAAAUUUGCACGAAUCUAAUGAUGGUUCUCAACCUGUUGAUUAUACUGUAGAAGAUAUAAUAGUUCAUCCAGAUUAUAUUAAGACUUCUAAAUAUAAUGACAUUGCACUUUUACGGUUAAAUAAAAAUGUUCAGUUUAAUAAAAAUAUAAGACCUGCCUGUCUUUAUACGAAAAAUGCAAUUUAUAAUUUAAAUGCUACGGCUACUGGCUGGGGAUCAACAGACUACGGUUCAAGUGCGAGUGAUCAUUUGCUAAAAGUUAACUUAGAUAUAGUAGAUAAUCGACGUUGCAAUAUAUUAUAUGAAGCUGAGAGUAAAACUAAUAGUUUAAGUAAAGGUAUAGUUGACUCAAUGUUAUGUGCAGGUGACUUGGCAGGCGGACAUGAUACAUGUUUGGGAGAUUCAGGAGGACCACUAGUUAUUAGAUCAGAAAAAAAUCCAUGCGUUUUCAAUUUGAUAGGAGUGACAUCAUUUGGAAAAUACUGCGCAACAGAGAAUUCACCUGGUGUAUACACUCGUGUAUCAUCUUUCUUAUCUUGGAUAGAGCAAAAUGUAUGGCUUAAAUAAAAUAUAUAGACAAUUUACUUUUCUAAUUAAGACUA